CCGCGAUGGGCCUCCCCGGAGAGCGUGGCGCUGGCAGUGGUGUGCGUCUUUCGGGCAACCGCCUUGGGCUGGGGGUAGGUUAUUCCCAGCCCCCUCUGGGGGUCUUGGCGGGGUUUGCGUCGGAGGUCUUGCUGCGGUUGGUGUGGUCGCGGCGGUUGGUCCCACCGCGGCCCCCGCGCCUGGUUUUCGUGGUGGGUGUUAGAAUUUGCGGAAAUUCUCGGCCGUCGGGUGAGGUCUCCUGUUCUGGUGGUGCUUUCAGGGUGGUCUGGUGUUGCCCGUGGGGUGUCGGCUCUCUGGAUCAUUGUAAGAAGGUACGUGGAAGCUGGUGGGCCUUGUGGUGGAUGUGGUGCGCGAGUCUCCACGAAUUUCCAGCCGCCUGGCCUCGGGUUGUCUUUCUGUUGGUGUCGUGUGCGCGUGUGUGUCGUCGGUCUUCAGCUUGUGCCGCGCAAUCGGGGGCGGCCGUCGUUCGUUCGUGUGGUCGGUGUCUGGUGUGGUGGCUGCCUGCGGGGUUUCUGCCGCAUUGGUCUCGCCGUCGUGUCGCUUGUCUUGUUUUAUAUAAGAAGAAGCCUGGGCCUUUUCGCUUCGG